CCCCCGUGUUCAGCUCAUUGAAUGCCCAGGCUGCUGUGCUGCAAAUGCAGAGCUAUGGAACACAAGGGCCCCCCGCAGCACAGGGACACACUCUGCUUGUUUGAUGUGGAUGGCACCUUAACCGGAGCCCGGGAGAAGGUAGACCCAGCUGUGGACCAAUUUUUGCGGGAGCUGCGCCAGAGGGUGAAGAUUGGAGUUGUAGGAGGUUCUGAUUACUCUAAGAUCGCAGAGCAGCUGGGGGAGGGCGAUGAAGUUGUCUUGAAGUUUGAUUACGUGUUUGCUGAGAAUGGAACCGUUCAGUACAAAGAUGGACGACUUCUCUCUAGGCAGGCCAUCCAGAACCAUCUCGGGGAGGAGCUGCUGCAAGACCUCAUCAACUUCUGCCUCAUGUACAUCGCUCUGCUCAAACUGCCCAAGAAACGAGGGACGUUUAUUGAGUUCCGUAAUGGCAUGCUGAACGUCUCUCCCAUUGGCCGAAGCUGCACGUACGAGGAGAGGAUAGAAUUCAAUGAGCUGGAUAAGAGGGAGAAAAUCCGUGAGAAGUUUGUGGCUGCUUUACAGAGGGAGUUUGCAGGGAAAGGCUUGCGGUUCACAAGAGGUGGGAUGAUCAGUUUUGAUAUCUUUCCUGAGGGAUGGGACAAGCGCUAUUGUUUGGAUGCUCUGUCCGAGGGGAAGUUCCGCACUAUUCACUUCUUUGGCAAUGAGACAUCUCCUGGUGGAAAUGAUUAUGAAAUCUACGCUGAUCCCCGAACUGUGGGUCACACUGUGACGUCCCCUGAGGACACUGUGCGAAGGUGUCGAGAGCUUUUCUUCCCUGAACGUGACAAUGAAAUGUGACAGUGGGACCUGACCGAGUACUGGAAUGUCAAAGUAUAGCUAUCCAGCAAUACAUAACACGGUUUUAAAUUA